UUUGCUGAAUUUAAAUUGGGGAGAUAAACGAAAUAGGCAGAGUUCCAAAGCCAUUAAAGCAAUGUCGGAUGAGUCUGGAGAUGAGAGUGACGAGAACACCAAUUUCCUUGGGACUUACGAAGGAGAACGGAAUGAUUUAGGCGAGAGGCAUGGAGAUGGGAAAGCCAUUCUGCCGAACAAGGAUACCUACUCUGGCCACUAUUCAGGAGGUGUGCGGGAAGGUUUAGGUGUUUAUCAGGUCAUGAAAAAGGGCAAAAUCUUGGCCACUUACGAAGGAGAAUGGUGCCUGGGGAAGCGGAGUGGCUAUGGUAUUUGCAAAUAUGAAGAUGGCUCUGAAUACAAAGGCUUUUGGGAUCAAGAUGAGCGAAACGGUCGUGGCACAAUUAAAUUCGGAAAUGGUCAGGAAUAUCGAGGUUUCUGGAAGUCUGGACUGCGCGAAGACUCAGCUGGACUUUUAAAUUUUACUGGAGGUCUUUACAUUGGUGGCUGGAAAGCCGGUGUCAUGGAAGGGCCAGGAGUGAUCGUUUACAAAUCUCCUGCAACUGCAAUCUGCCUUAUUUCAACCUGGCAGAAUGGCAAGCCUCAAGGACUUGCAAUCGUGAUCAGAGAGAGUUAUUUCCUAAAAGGCAACUUUUUGCCUGAUGGCACCUGGCGCACAUCCAGUCAUCACCCCAUAGCAGUUGUUGAGCAAGCCUUGAGCGAACCUCAGUUUCUGCAAGUAACUAAAGUUCUUCGUCCACUUAUCCAAGUUGAUGAAACAGGAUUUGCUCUAAAAAUUGAGAGUUUCUUGGAAGAGCCAGAACCAGAUCUGUGGAAGUGCACCAGCAUCAGCGAGAUUGCAGGUUUCUAUCUUGCUGGCAAAACCUGGAAAGCUGAAGUCAGCAGAAAUAAGCUAAUUGAAAACAAUUGCAUCAACAUCCCCACAUCUCCAGAAGUUCCGCAAGAUUGAUAGAGAUGAGAGACAAAAAGAAGUUCAAACAACAGUUCUAUUGUCGAGUGAUUUUAAUUUGAAACAGUUACAUAAUCCAGAUUUUUUUAAUAAAUAAACCAUUGCAGCCUUCGGAUUUGCUGCUUUUGACAACAAACUAAA